AUGCGCCUUGAAACUACAACGAUCCACCACGGUCCGGAGGAUAUCGCCAUGUAUCCUCUUAUAUCGUCAUCACCAAUUCCAGAACAACUCGAUUGUGAAGUCACCGCUGGUGGGUCUCUGCUGCCUGAAGCCGACUUUGACAAAAUUGUGAGCAGCGAUAUUGACCUCUUCGCAAUGAUUGAUGCUCGCCCAUCAAGCACCAUCCUCAUCAUAUGCGAAGUCGAGCGAGAAAAAUGGGCCGCAAUUCUCCAAGAAUACAUCGAUAAUGGCCCUAACCCUACAGGGUGUGUUUUCCUUUUGAACGAAACUCAGUCAUCUGUAGUUAGAGGCAAUAUGUUGACGAAUACGACCUUUCAGUGGAAGCCUGAAUACCGCCAUAACCUCCCUGGAGCUGUACUUGAGAGUUACUUUCGCAGCCAAGUAAAUACCGUUGUUUGCAUUGGAAUGCUCGAGCUAACGACUGAUAUCAACAUGGCGAGCUGGCUAAGAGGUUGGAAAUGUGUGCUUCAGCCUGGUGGAAGCCUAGUUGUCGAGUUGAGUUGGGACUGCCAGGACCGUACUUGGAGGGAUGCUGCAAAGCGAUACGCUGUUAUGGCUUCUCCUCUUGGUUUCUGUCUGCAGACUGUGAAUGGCUGUGAUGUCUUCAUGGGAGGCCUUUUGCAAGACCGUGCCAGUCAAGACGAGAGGUAUCGCAUUGCAAGCACUUACCGAAGGCAGGCAUCGAGGUUAGUAGCGCGUGGUCGUCACGCCCAGCUUGUUCACGCUUCGGAAGACAAGGCCAGAAACUUUGCAAAGAAGGGAGGGCUCCAUGGGGGUGAGUUCAUCACGAAUGGCGACAAGCUGUACAGUCGAUUCGUCCAAUGCGAACCACGUGCAUGGUCGGAUUUCUAG